AUGUUCAGGACAUUCAUCUGCAUAAGAUGUUCAGCCCGGCUCGCUGCGCGAUGUGCUCAGAAUGCGACGAGAACAGUGAUAGUUUCAGGUGCUCCUUUGCUGCAAAGGCGGACGUUAGGACUGAGCGGUAAGGCCGAUAACCUGGCCAGAAAGGCCUUGAAGAACUUUGAGCGACCACGGCAGGAGAAUUACAGCCGUGAUCCGUGGAUAUAUCAGCUCGAUGUCAUGUGUUCAGAACUGGGGAAAGAAUCAAGUCUUGAUCUUCUUUCCAAGGUAUACGAAGCAUUCGUCAAAUUCAAGGAACAUCACAAAGAGCCACCACCUGAUUUGCACUUGCCAGGUCUUCUCGAAUGCCUUCAUGAUGCCGGACUUCACGAAGAAGCUGCAGAUGUCUUCUCCUACUGGCAUGGUUCCAUGGGAAGCAUUCCAUAUUAUGACUCCCUCUUCCACAGCUGUCUUACACCUGGUCGACUGUUAGCUGCGGAAAUGGCAUUGAAUAGCCUGGACAGGAUGGGGGCUAUGACUAAGGAUAUGGCCAGUUCUAUGGAUUGGAAGCAUGCAAAAUUGGCCAGUAUGUAUCUCUAUAUGGGAGACAUAGCCAAUGCGACAAGGAGAUUUAAACUUUUCUUUCAGCGGGAUUUGAAACACAGCCAAGAAGAUGACACCAAUGAGCAACGCGGCAUAAAGGAUAAUCCGACGUAUCUUUACAAUAUGAUGUUGGAGUCCGCCGUUCGGAUCUCAGAUCUCCGUCCUGCGGAAGCACUUCUCACGACAAUGCGUGCAUCAGACGUGUCUCCGAAUCGCUAUACAUACCUUCUAUUCAUCAAUGCGUACCUCCGUGAAACCCGCAUUGGCGAUGCCCUUCGAAUGUUGAGAGAAAUGCUUGACAUGGGAUAUCCCGGCAGAAAAAUUACGAAAAGAUGCAGGAGCGUCAUAUUGGACCUACUACACAAGCACAUCAAAGAGAAUGGACGUGAGGGAUCCAGGGAAGUACUCCGCAGCAUAGCGCAAAUUUUCAACACUGAACCCUUGGAGGCUUUCAAGGUGGACCUAACAGGUCUGGGCUUCACGCCUGACAAAGUACUGGAAAUGGACAUCAAGAUCAUGAGCUUAACCAUCAAUGCGAUGGUUGAGGCUAAGGCUCCCGCCCGAGAUUUGUGGAGGGUAUGGUGCAGAUAUGCUAAGUUGGCGUUUGCAGCGUCUAGUAAUGCUGCACUCAAAGAAAACUUCGGCUCGGUUUUUAUGAACAACCACAUUCCAAACAUCAUUCUGAAGAGGUUUGCCGGUGUCGACUGGUACCAGAAACUUGCAGUCCGGAUCCUACUUUCGAUGCUUCGCUCAGACAUUCCCGAGAUGAGACCUGACGUGGUGACUUUCAACACCUUCUUUCAAGGCCUCAGGGGUGAUAUCCGUAACAUUGAAAGGACGUGGGUCUUAAUGAUAAAGGCAGGAAUCACGCCAAAUAUUUUGACAUAUGCAGCGGUGAUCCAAGCGUAUGACAGGAAUAAAGACUCUACAGGUCUGAGUUCUAUUGCUCCUAUAAUAAAGCUGCAGAACGACAUUAUCGAAACCGGUGUCCGAUUCGAUAUCAAGACGCAUGGGUUAUUGCGACAUUCCGUGUCGGCGAUGAUUUACCAGGAAUUGAAAAGGAAGGGGUUUCACUGGGAACGCAACGCGCGAGUUCUCCAGGGCUUAUGGAAGAAUAUUGUCUCUCUAGUGGUCAAACCGGUCAUUCGGCAAAGGCACCAAAAGGAUAAGAUGAAGUUUAUCACGAAAAUGGUAGGGAACCAGAUCGUGUUUGAGGAGGAUUAUAAGGAAGCAUUUGCCGUUGCUUCCGAGGAGGGAAAACCUCUUGGCGAAGAACGUCAGCUAGCGCCUACAACCAUUGCCUUGGCGCCUCUGCCAGUCGUCAAGGACGAUGCAACCACCAAAGCGUGGACAUCCGAUGAGACUCUCGCCAAGGGGCACCCAGUCGAAGUAGCUUUUGCCCAAAUCUGGCGGGUUCUUGACUUGUGGUCACGGCCUGACGGACACCGCAAUCGCACGCCGGCGGGACACCACCUGCGAAAGGUCCAGGCGGCCUUGCAUCAUAUUAUUGCUCAUGUUGGGCAACAAAUUACCUAUUCAGAGUGGGUGAUUGAGAAGAACCUACGCGGGGAGCUGGACAUGCGCAGUUGCCGGCCUGACUUGAACCGAUUUCAACCUCGUCGAGCUCGGUAUGGGCGGACCGAUCCCUGGCAAGACUCUUCGCCCGGCGGUGCCCAGGCCACCGACAACCACGCACAUGCAUCGCCUCAGCAUGUGAAGCCCGAACCUCUCAACCCUGUUGUACCUCCCUCCGACCCCCUUGAGCGUCCUUGGUCGCGAUGGAAGGCAACGGACGAGGGUCGGAAUGCCGCGCCAGUCUUGCCCGAGCCUCGCCGUUGCACUGCGGACGUAAAAUCGGUUCCAAAGGUGCCCUUUAUAAGGCACCGCGACGAGCUAGACGAUUGGGACUUUGAAGAGGAGGAGCUGGAAGAGAGAAAGCCGGGAGAUCGGGAGUUACAAAACAGACGGGAAGAGAGCGAGCUGGACGAUUGGGACUUGAUCGAAAGAGUGCUGGAAGAGAGGGACAAGAAUGGAAUGACGUCGGAUCCAAAGGAUGUCAAAUCGGAUCCGAAGGGAUCCUCAUUAGGGUCCCAACUUCUCAGGAGGAGCAGACCCUAUUGA